AUGGAGGGAUCAAGCAACUCCAACAACAACAACAACAAGAGCGGCGUGAAGAUGCAGAGCAUCAUGGGGAUGGAGGUGUUCGACUGCGCCGUCUGCUCCAGCCCCCUCAGCCCUCUAGUCUUCCGGUGCUCAAACGGCGAUUGCCUCUGCUCACCCUGCCGCGACAAGCUCCCGGCGGUCGAGCGCCUCGCCACGCAGCGCUGCCUCAGCAUGGAGCGCGUCGUGGACAACAUCUUCGUCCCCUGCAAGCACGGCUGCGACGCCAAGAUCACAUACCACCAGCAACGAGGGCACCAAUAUAGGUGCCCGGAAAGGCCGGGCAUGUGCAAGUGCCUGGUCUCCGGCUGCGGCUUCGUCACGGCAACCGAGGAGCUCUUCGACCAUCUCACCGCCGGCGCCGGCAUCCACCGGCUGCCAUGGGAGGACAUCAAGUACUUCGUGCCGUUCAAGCACGAGGUCAGGCCGGGCAUUCGGCUUCUUCGCGGCAGGAACAAGCUCCUCUUCCUGCUUGAGGUUGCCAGGGAGUCAUCCCCCGGCCAUGUGGUUUCUCUCACGUUCGUCCGGCCCAACGGUUUGAGAAGCACGGUCGGAUGCUCCGUGUUCUUGUGCGGCUUUCACCAUUACCAGGUUUCCAAGCUCAACAUUGGGCCUGAUGUUGCAUCCAAGCAGAUAUUGUGCGUGGUGUCCGAUGGAAAAUAUGGUGUUGAUCUCUAG